CGUCAGUCGGAAAGGGGAAGAUGGAUGACAUUGAAACCAGCUACUCCCAUUCAAAUUCACCACCAUUUUUUUUCAGAAUCUUAAGAAUCUUAAGAAUGAGUCAACCCGAAGAGGAUUUUGAGGAAACUGCUCCUUUAACAUCUGACGUUGCUCUUAAUCCUGAAGAGGAUUAUUACAGGCGUCUUUGGGAUUCUUUGUACGGUAGAAAUCAGACAUUGGCAUGCCUUUGGAUGUUUCCGACUGUAUUUUACAUAGUAGUUUCUUGUGCAUUUUUCGCAGCGUAUGCAUUCACCAAUGAUUAUGACGGUUUUGUUUACGCUGCUGUUAUUAUUUGCUCAAUCCUCGCUCUUUUUUGCUUAAUUACGAUUUACAUUUACUUUCGACCAAUUGUUAUUGAAUAUGAAGUUGAUUCGAUUCCUAUGGAGGAUUUGCCAAGAAAAGGCGAUACAGCGAAAAGGUAGCUUUACCAAUAUCUCAACUAUGGUUCCAAUCAACGAACUGUUUCUUGCUGAGAUAUUACAAGGAUGCCUCCUCAAGAAUCUUGAAGGGUCGAAAAGGUUGCUGUAAUGAUUGAAACAUUUCACAAGAAAGAUUUCGGGAAUGGUGCAAAUCCUAUUUAAAAAACGACGUGCCUACUGAAAGCUAUUGUUUAUGAAAAUACAUUGAAAAGUAGCAAUCUACCACCUUUGUUAAUAAACGACUUAAGCAAGUCCUAUCCUGCACGAAAUCUGCAAUGGGUCUAUUUUAUUCUGGUAUAUAUUGACGGUGAAGAUUACGAGAGGGACCUAGGAGGUUAUGAAGGAUGAUGUUUGAGAGCAUAAAUCAUCAUGUUUAAGAAAACUCUCUCUUCCAUUUCAGAUACAAUAUCCCUUUAUUUGUCUUUUAACUCUCACAAGAUGUUUGUCUUCUCAUGCAUAAAGAUAUAGCACGAUUUUUACUCUUAGCGUAUUUAUCUUGUUAUCUAUUCGAGGUAUACCAGAAAAAGAAUAGCCAAGAUUAUUUGAAGACAAAAGGGCAUGCAGACCAUAUAUGGGACCGACCUUUGCAUACAAAAGGUAAAAAAAGCUACACGGAACUCUAUGAUUUUUUUUAUUUACUUAUGUUUUGACCAAGUCUCAUGUCUCUUAAUACGUGCCGUACAGUAUACAUAACUUGUUUGUCGCUGCUUGUCAGAUUUCAUUGAAAAUCCAUUUUUUUUCAACUCGACUUUUUAGUUUCUAUCUUCUAUCUUUACUGUAUGAGUGCGCUACGAAGCAGUCUCCGAACUUGCUCAUAUUACCCUUUGUUGAAUAGAAUGUUGACAUCUUCCAGAGUGACUGAUGUCCAAUUCUAUGGUUGGUAAGAUUGUUCCUCUCAUUGAACAGUAACCUUAUAGUAUGCAGAUGAGAUUGGUAGGUGUCGCCUAUCAUAAAACUUUUAUGAAUCGUCAAAGGUUGAGGACCGAAACUGUACUUCAUCAUAGCUCCUGACCUAAGAUUAUGUGGAAAGCUAUCAUCUACGAGAACUCUAAGAAUUUUUUCUUUUUAUUUUUAAUAUUUGCAUAUGAUGAUAAUAGUUUAAGGAAGCUAUCUUUUAUGUAAUGCAAUUUUAUGUCCCCUAUCUAGUUUUAUGCAUAGAAGAAUACACGAGCAAGGAUUAUAUCUACGGGCAAGGUAAUCCGCAGAAUAAAAUUUACAAAUUAUUCACGAAAAUUUAUGAGUUGGACGAAUGAUAGCAUAUUCAGCCCUGCAAGUAACUAUACUUACCUCUAUCCGUGACAAACAAAUGGGGAAAACCGGUCUUUCACUUGAAGCUUCAGAAAUCAUACAGACUAUUUUUUGCAAUAGUAUUUAGUAUUUUCAGCUCUUGUAGUAAAAAUGCCGUGAUCAUAACUAUGUUACAAUAGUAAAUAAAACCAAAGACAACUUCGAAG